CAGUUGGAUAUUGACAAAUUGUGACGUUGCAAGUUAAACUGCAAGGAAUUAAGUGAUUAUAUGUUGUAUAUUUAUUUGGUACAGUAAAACGAUAAAUACGUACAUGUUGUUAUCUGUCAAGAUAAUGAUACACAUUCGCACUGUAUAUUCUGUUCCACAGUAAAAAGCAUGGCUUUUUCAUACCCAAUACCAGUGUAUUUGCAAAUAUUGUAAACUUCACAAAAGUGCAAAAUCAAAGGAUAUGUUCUUUUAUUUCAUUGUAAUUUAUCCCAGCUAGUCAAGUAGCUCGAUGUUGACAUUCUUUCUAUUAAAAUCCAUGCUUUUUUUUUAUGUUCAAAAAUUGGCUCUCCUUAUUCAUGUAUCAUUCAAUGUACAGUAAGAACGUGCAACCUUGGGUUAUGCUUUGUAGAGCUUUGGCUGAUGUAGAUGUUGCUUAGGUUUUGACGGUUUGGGCACGGUGCUGAUGCCUACCACUGUAGCUGGAGAUAAUAAUAUUUCAGCAGCAGGACAACAGCAGAACGCAGCAGCUACUGGAAAAGUUUUGACCGGCGAUUUGGACAGCAGCCUUGCUAGUCUAGCCCAGAAUCUGACCAUCAACAAGAGUGCGCAGCAGCAAGUCAAAGGUAUGCAAUGGAAUUCUCCUAAAAACGCUGCUAAAACUGGUGGCCCAGCUGGAGGAUGGACACCACAGCCUAUGGCAGCUACAACUGGCGCCGGGUAUCGCCCAAUGGGACAAGGAAUGACGCAACUCCCUUCAACCACUUUGGGCUUUCCUCCCCACACCGCGCCACUGGGAAUGCAAGGUGUGCCAAUGGGCAUGCAGGGCAUGCAAGGCAUGAGGCCAAUGAUGAGUGCAAUGCCUGGUGGUCCCGGUGGCAUGAUGGUCGCAGGAGGGACUGCGCCAAUGAUGAUGCCCAGCACGAAUCCCAUGAUGGGUGCUAAUCUCCAGCAGCAACCACAGCCACAGCAACAACAACAACAACAACAACAACCCCAGGCUGUUCCGCAGCCACAAAAUAAUCAAGUCCAACUUGACCCAUUUGGUGCCCUGUGAAGAGAUUAGGAGCUCUAAUUGUGGAACAGAGCAGAUGAAGCACCAACUUUGUAAAUACUGUGUAAUAUGCCUAGGAAAUGUGCCCUGCUUGCUCUUGUUAUAUUAUAUGUCACCCGUAACACACCGGCCCGUCCUCGCAAAGAAAAGAAGGAGAAGGAGAAAAGAAUAUCGAAGUCGAUUGUUGGAUCGUCCUUUUGGAAAACACGACGGUGCUGACGAAUUUCCAAUUGAAAAAAAAAAUAUAUAUAUAUAUUAUAUUAUAUUAUAUAUAUAUAUUUCUACUGCUAAUUGAGUAUAAUCAUAUAUACGGGUUUACUCAGUUUACGGCGGUUGCCUUACCUUCAAAAGAUACACGUAGUCUCAGUGUACACACACACAUACACAGACAUAUAUACAUACACACACAGUUUUGACGAGGCAAUUAAAAGAAACAAAAGAAAAGAAAAGAAAAACGAAAAAAAAAAAUAGAGAGUUUAGAGACAAAGUAUAAAAAUGAAAAAUGAAAAAAAAAAAAAAAGAAACUAUACGAGUCGUAUGGCGUUUAGAAUUCCAUGAGAUGCGGCGUGGAUGCAACUAUUCCGUAAGAGUUGACUGUGAUAGUACUGCAUCGAUAUUGUAGUGUUUUCCAGUGAUCGAGGGGAAGGCUGGCAGAGUAUGAGACAGAGCUUGAGAGAGAGAAAGAGAACGUGUGUAUAUGUGUGUGUGUGUGUGUGUGUGUGCGUGUGUGUACAUGUACGUUUGAGAAUAAGAAAUGAAUGAAGGAUUUCGAACGAAGAAAAGAGAAUGAAAAACGUUUCGUUAGAAGAGGUAGGAGGUCCAAAGUAAUUCCAUGUACAAGCUUUACUAUAUACUGAAGUGUAUAUGUCGAGUUUAACUGAAAACAAAAUCAUCUUUCCAUAUUAUAUUAUAGCAGGGGAGAGCGACGUUGCAGUUGGUUUCAGGUUCAUGUUGAUUCUAAACGUGCAUACACAUCGUGGAAAAUUAUACAUAGUUGGCCGAUGCAUGAUGUAUCUAUAGUAAAAGAUGUAAAGUUACGUAUUUUUUGCGUAUACAUGUGCACACGACGCGCGCUUAUUGUGCAGGUGCAUACGUAACCGACUAUAUAUUUCAGAAUUUCGUGCGAGAAGAUAUAACGUUGAAAAUAUAAAUAUUAUCUGAGAAGAAGAAAAAUUAUAUAUAUAUAAUAUAAGUAUAUAUAUAUAUAAAUAAAUAAAUGAAUGAAUAAAUAAAUAAAUGUAUAUGUAUAUGGCGUAAUCAUAAUAAUGGCGCACCCGUGUCGCUCCGUUUCGUUUUUUCGUACUAUCUUCACCGGUAUGUAUCUUGAUUUCGACUCAGGGCGCUGAAGCAGUUACGACGUAUCCUUUAUUAAAGUAUUAAAUAAUAAACGAUAACGAUAUAUAUAUAUAUACAUACACAUUAUAUAUAUAUAUAUAUAGAGCGAACGUGAGCGAGAGUGAACGAAAUUGCGCGAGUGAGAAAGAUAAAAGAGAGAGAGAAAUGGAAUGUUCGGUGGUCUCACUAAUGUUCUUUACCCGUAUACCGUUCCGAACUGUCUUAAUUAGGUAAUUGAAACGAACUAUGUAUACAAGUUAAGAUUAUGAUACUCAUUGCGAUAAAUUAUGAUGAAUGUAACACGCGGAUCUACAAUUCAGUAUGGUACUAUUAAUAUAUAUAGUCAAUAAUUCCUGUUCUAAGGUCUAAUCCGGGAUUUAUUUCAUCCUUCCUGAAAGCGUGCAGCCACCUCCACCGGAAUGAUUACCGAGUGCGUUAUGUUAUGAGCAUGGAAAACAUCUUUGUUCACGUCUGGAAUUUGCGACUUUCGACGAGGCUGCACGGGAUUCUAAGCGAGAGAGGAACAGAAUGAUCCCGUAAGAUGUGUCGACUUCUUUUACUUUCUGCGGUUGCAUUUCGGCUGAUUUUUCGAACGAUUAAAGGUCGUCGGCGGUCAAGGUGAAAGAAAAAGAAAAAAAGGAAACGGAUGUACUGGAACGGAAGGAGAGCCUAGAGAAAUUGGAAGUGAGACUUGAAUGUUUCUCGCGGUCGCUGGGACUUCUUUAAUCGAUCAAUAACUUCUCUACGUGUUGUGAAUGAACAGUGUAAUUUCAAACGAUGUAAACACACACAUUCUGGUUUGUAAGAUUCUGCGAACUUUUACACGAAACUUCAGUGAAACAACUGUCUCUCUGUUAGACGUGUGAAAGUUCAAAGAUACUUGCCUGAUCGAUGAAUUUCCGAAACUAAAAACUAUUGGCUAAUUUGAGCAGUAAAUGUGGUAAAUGUGUUUUCAGCAGAGGAGGAAUUUCUUGGUGAAGGUCCCAGUGUUGCAACUGUUAGAAGAGAAGGCUGAAAGCGAGAGAGAAAGAGAGAGAGAGAGAGAGAAUCUAUGAGAGUGUGAGAAGAGAGAUAGUUCGAAGUGUCUUGACUUGAGAUAUCAGGAGUGCACAGACAUACAUAUUUCUUUCUCUCAUCGGACCAUAUGCACAAACCAUAUUCAACCAUAUUCAAAACUUAAAAGGUACAAGUUAGGCGAUCGAUGAAUUAAGAAGUCUCCUCGAGUUUCUCCAAACGUGAUUGUUUAAAGGAAAUUUGUGCACUUCUGAAAGAACGAGAUUUGUCUCUGCAACUUAUUUUAGCUUAGGCGUUCUUGUAUCAUACGGUUCUAGGAGCUGGCGGGAAUAACGGCCAUAGGAGACUAGAUCAUAAAGUACACGUUCAAUUAACAGCUACGGAUCACACGAGGAAAACAAAAAAAAGAAAAAGAAAACUGGUCACCAUUAAGUUUAAAAACUGUGGUCGUUGAAGAUUCCACAUUGGUAGAAAGGAAGUUCGAAUUACUGAGGUUCGAUCGAGGAGCUGAAUCGAGGAAAUUCUUAAACAAAGAGAGAGAAAGAGUUUUCGUUUCGAAAUUUGUAACUUUUUUUUUUUUUAAACUCGUUUCUUGCAAAAGUAAGAGAGAAAGGAAGUUAUUUCUGUGAGGAAGCUUUUGAAUCCCGAUGCAGGAAAGAAAAUUCAAAUCCAGAGGUUAAUCUGACGGAGUCGAUGAAGACGUGGAAAUCGUGAUAAUGCAGAACCUCGUUAUUUCGGACUUAUUCGAAGAUUAACGAAAACAGAGGCAGUCAAAAGAAAGGAAAUUGCCAUUUUCUUCUCGAGGACGGUGAAGUAAAUGUAAAUUGAUCUUUUUAUACUACGCGCUUAGCUUCCCUCUUGUUCGUUUCAAAAAAAAAAAAAAAAAAGAAAAAAAAAAGAUUGGUUGAACGAUCCUGUAACGCGUCUUGAACGUUGCAGAACACGAAAAAAGAAAAGGAAAAAAAAAGGAAAAAAAGAAAAACGUUCGUGUAAACUUACUGGUGAUCGAGUGUAACGGGACAAUAUAUUACAUAUACAUAUAUAUAACACAUAUUUUAUCGAGAAACUAUAGAGCAGUAGCGAUCUGUAUGUAACUCUGCCCUACAAGCUAGCGAAAGUCUGGACAAAAACAAAAAAGAACAUUCGGAGAGGGACAGAAACGAGAAACGAGAACACUAUAUCAAUAUUUUUCGUCGACCAGCCAUUAACACGUUCAGUGUUAACACAGAAAAUCGAAGAAACUUCUUUUAGCUUCUCCCCUCUUCCCCUAUUUUUUCUUAUUUAUUUGUUCCAAUGUUGUGGAACAAAUUACAUAUUUAAUAAUACAUAUUUAAUGGUCGCUUGUCACCGAUGGACAAGGAUCCAUUUAGUAUUGCGCAAUUAGCAAUUGGCAGUUGAAGCGAUACGGAACUCGAAACGAAAACGUCGAAUGCUAAUAUACGUAUUCAACGAAGUGGUCGCGUUUUUUGUAAUAUUUCGAAUUGUUUUGUGCAACGUUGAAGUAGCUACCUUCGCUCCUUAGAUUACGGUUAAAUUAAAACAAAAACAAAAACGAAAAAAAAAAAAAAAAAGAAAGAGAAACGCCAAGCGAUGAAAUCUCUGGGAGGAGAUUACAAAUCGAACUUGUAUUGUCCGCUAUAACUCUAGCUCUCGUUAAUUUCCAAAUGUACAGCCUACUCUUAAAUAGGGAUAAGCAGUUGUCCAGGAUCACUGUAAAUACAAUUAGAUACUUAGUUAGAUGAAUUGUACAUAUCAUUGAUUUUCUUUUGUCAGCGUUCUCAUUCGCAGUCGGAUCGAUAGCCCACAAGUGUUUAGCUUGUUUACUAUUUAAAUGUGAGGGAGUAUUGAAGAUUAGGUAGAGGACACUGAACGUGUUAAGAGCGUCGUUCUGGUAAA